CCAGCUUUGGAAAUUUCCAUUCUGUCAGACGACAUUUUCCCACAGUGUGCGCUCGGAGACAACAACAACAACAACUCUAGAAAACAGGCGUCUGUUGUGACUGAGACACACAAAAAUGGCGGUAAACAUUCCCGGUAUCAUCGCCAUCGUGGUGUUUUAUCUCCUGAUUCUGGCGGUGGGAAUGUGGGCUGGACGGCGAGGGAAAAAGGACGAGAACAGCACCGAGAGUGAGAACGCCAUGUUGGCGGGAAGAAACAUCGGCGGGUUCACUGGACUUCUAACGCUAACAGCAACAUGGGUGGGAGGAGGUUACAUCAACGGAACGGCUGAGGUCAUCUUUAACCCCAAACAGGGUGCGGUGUGGUGUCAGGGUCCUAUCGGUUCCUCUCUGGGCCUUAUCAUCGGUGGACUGUUUUUCGCCAAGAAAUUCCGAUCUCAGGGUUACGUCACGAUGUUGGACCCCUUCCAGCAGAGAUAUGGCCGGAGGAUGGGGGGACUGCUGGUCGUCCCGGAACUGUUGGGCGACAUCUUCUGGGGUGCUGGCAUUCUAGCUGCACUGGGUGCGUCUCUCAGCGUGGUGUUGGACCUGGACCUGGUCGUGUGUGUUCUCAUCUCGGCGGCCAUAGCUGUUGUUUACACCCUGUUUGGAGGCUUGUAUUCUGUUGUCUACACUGACGUCAUCCAACUGUUUUGCAUAUUUAUCGGCACGUGGCUGUGCGUGCCCUUCGCCCUCACCAACCCUAACGUGUCCAGCAUCACGAGUACCCAGCUGACCCGCCUCCUGUACACACCCGUCAUCACACCGGUCAACGCCACGUUAAACAUCACCACCUUCCAGGUGUCCAACUCCACGGGCUGGUUCGGGGUCUGGGACAACAGGAGGACCGGCAUCUGGAUAGACUACUUCCUACUCUUGACUCUUGGAGGAAUUCCGUGGCAGGCGUAUUUCCAACGUGUUCUGGCGGCCAAGUCUACCAACAACAUCCGGGCAAUCUCCGUGACUUCUGGGUUCCUGUGUAUGAUCAUGGCUAUCCCGUCAUUCCUCAUUGGCGCGAUUGGAGCUUCCACAGACUGGCCCAACACAGCAUACGGUAAAGACCCAGCCGUCGCGGGAGAAGCCAGUCAGAUCCUACCCAUCAUCCUGCAGUACCUGACUCCGACGUGGGUGUCGUUUUUCGGACUCGGUGCCGUGUCCGCUGCCGUCAUGUCUUCCGCUGACUCCUGCAUCUUGGCGGCCAGCACUGUGUUCGCCAAGAACGUCUACAAGGAAGUGUUCCGGCCAAAGGCAUCUGAGACGGAGAUUGUUUGGGUGAUGCGCUUCUCUAUUUUCGUGGUCGGUGCCAUGUCCACAGCCAUGGCAGUGACUGUCAAGACCAUCUAUGGGCUGUGGUACCUGUGCUCGGACAUGGUGUACGUCAUCCUGUUCCCCCAGCUGAUCUGUGUGGUGUAUCUGAAGUUCACCAACACGUAUGGCUCUCUGUGCGGAUUCAUAGUGGGGAUGAUCUUACGGUUUGGUGGAGGAGAGGAGCUUCUGUUUCUACCUGCUGUUAUCAAGUACCCAUUCUAUGACGACACCACCGGUACGCAGUACUUCCCGUUCCGAACCUUCGCCAUGCUGUGCAGUCUGAUGUGGAUCGUCGUCGUCUCCCUCAUCACCAAGGUCAUCUUCGAGAACGGAAAAGUCCCGCUCCGUUUCGACAUCUUCUACUGCUACCACGAGGAUCCGGGCAAGGAUCCGGAACCGGAAAAGAAGGAUGUAGAGGUGGAUCUCUUGGAAAACGGGUCUAAUGUUUCAAGGACGGUUACAAAGUUUAGAGGGAAUGGGAAAUCCGAGGACGAAGCAAUGUUGUAAAUUCCGAAUGAAAUGUAAACUUAACGUUCAGGAAGCUUAUACAUUCAAGUAAACAACAUCAAAAGGCAAUUCAAACCCCAAUAUAAUUUGAAAACGAUCUUUACCAGUUAUUGAAGUUGACAUGUUCAACUGUUUGUUCUACUAGAGUUAGAUGUACUUGUAUUGACUGUUCGGUCAGUGACGCUUGGAGAAGAGUGAUGGAUGUCACUCGAAACGUCAGGAACUGAAUUUUUAUCCAAUCUAAAGAAUUAUUGCCUUGAAAAUCAAAUUUAUUUCGACUCACCAACCUCAAUCUUUGUGAAGGUAUCUACUGCUUCUGUGACGUCAUGUUACGCAGAUAGAGCACAUGAUUCGGUGCAUAGUUGCAAAUUCGCAAGAGGAAUAUAAAAUGCCUCUGCAACUAUCCUUCAAUAAAAUUGGGGUACCAUAGACCUUCUGCAACUUAUGAUUCACUGCUCACUGAGUCACGUGUGCUAUUUGCAUAGCGUGACGUCACAGAAGUGAUUUCCCAUUUCUUGACAAAGACUGUCGUUGAGCAGUUAGAGAUUUGAGUAAGUCCAUUAUUUGUUUGUUUAGGAAAUUACAUUUUUACUUUAAUCAAUAAUAACUUCAACGAAAAAAAAGAUGAAAUAUUUCGGGUAAAUUACGUAAUUUGUUAAUCAUGGGACAGCAGAUCUUUUUAGAAUACAUUUGACAGCACGUUAGACGUCAUGCCUU